AUGGAGGAGGAUUCAGAGACUCAGGUGAUGAGUGAGAUCCAUCUGGGUUGCCCACCCGCCACCAACGGACCCUUUCUUUCCCGUUUCACUUUUUCUUUGCCACUCGAUCCCUCCAGUGAUCAUUGUAUCAGUGUAGAUAAAGAUGGUGAUCUUCUUCUUCCUAGGCGCACUAGCCGGCCCCGGUCCGCUCAAUCGUUUACUGUAACCAUUCAGCAUGGUAUCACUUCAACGCUCCCUCAUGUUGGUCUUCAGGUCUGGAAAGCACAACUCGUCUUAUCAGACUUUGUCUUGCAUACCAUGUCCACAUCUUCUCAACUCAACGGCAUUGUGUGUCUCGAACUCGGUGCUGGAACAGGGCUGCUGGGUAUACUGCUUGCACGGGUCGCCAAGGCUGUUUUCCUUACUGAUUAUGGAGACCAAGUUCUUGGCAAUUGUGUUCACAACGUGGAAAUGAAUUCAACCUUGUUUCACCCUCAAGCUGUGGUACAUGUUCGUGAGCUCAACUGGAUGAGCAAAUGGCCUAUUCUUGAAGACACCCAUGCUGACUGCAGAGAUCCACAAAAGUACUGUUGGAACUCGCAGGACUUUGAACUAGUCAAAAGAGCACGCUUCCUUUUUGCAGCAGAUGUGAUCUACAGCGAUGAUCUAACCAUUGCCUUGUUUAGCAUGCUAAAGAGAGUCAUGUCUUUCGGUACUGACAAGGUGCUAUAUUUGGGAUUGGAGAAACGAUUCAACUUCAGCCUGGAUGAUCUUGACGUUGUUGCCAAUGGCUACGCUUGCUUCAGAAGCUACAUCAAAGAAGAUGGAACAGGUGAGCAAGAGGACAAGAGUUUUGUGGGCAGACGUAUCGACGUCACACAAAUCCCUCAGUACGCCAAGGGUUACGAUAGAGGAGAAGAUGUUGAACUUUGGGAGAUCAAAUAUGUACAUUAA